GCAUCGAAUAAAACAAUCUAUUUUGCAUUGGAUAAUAUUGAACUAUAUAACCGAGAUUGUCAGAGUGUGCCCGAGCCACCUACUACUCCGUUGACUACAUCACAAUCUCCAACGACAACGACAACAACAACCACUAAACCAGAUGAACCGACACCUCCACCACCAUCUAAUAAUUUGGGUCUAAUUCUUGGUCUAUCACUUGGUCUUGGUAUUCCUGCUUUGCUUGCUCUAAUAGGUGGCAUUGUCUACUGUGUAAAAAAACCUAACCCAAAGUCUAAAGUACAAGUUCAAAAUUCUACUAAUAUCCCAAUGAAAUCGACGGUUACUGCCGCCAAUCGUAAUGCAACGACAACGGCCUGA